AUGAAGUUCUCCUCCGUCGUCGUGCUGGCCGCCCAGCUUUCUGCCAUCAACGCCCUUCCUACAUCCUCAAAGUCUUCCGAGCGAUCUGUCUCUACCUCCAAUGACCGCAAGGUCAGCCGCAUGGCUCAGGCAGCCGGCGCCCCUGGGCAGGCUCCCGGUCAAGCCCCUGGUCAGACUCCAGGCCAGGGCGCAGGCCGUGGCGGCAAUCAGACUGAUACCGACGGCGAUGCUACCGACGGCAACGCCACUGACGGCAACGCCACGGACAACGACCUGACUGACGACAACAGACAGGCCCCCGCCCCUGUCCAGCGCGAGCGUUAUGUGACCAAGUCCAAGCGCUCACGCACCCAUCUUUCCUCUCGCAAGGUCAGCCGCCGCAAGGCCCAGGCUGGCGCGGCUACUGGCCAAGGCAACGCCACAGAUACCGACGGCAAUGCCACCGACGGUGUCACGGAUGGUGUCACAGACAACAGUGCCACUGACGGCGAUCUGACUGAUGACAACAGGCCGGCCCCGGCGCCUGCCAAGCCCGCCAGGCGAGCCGACUCCAAGCGUGCCCUCGCAGCUGCCCAGCGGAGGGUGGCUCGCAUGGCUCAAGCUGCCGCUCCCGCCCCUAUUCAGGGUGCUGGCCAAGGCAAUCUCACGGACACCGACAAUGAUGCCACUGACGGCGCCAACCCGGCCACUGACAACGACCUCACUGAUAAUGAUGCCACCGAUGGCGACCUGACGGAUGAUAACCGCCCGGCUCCGGCUCCUGUUCCCGCCCCAGCGCCCGCUCCGGCACCUGCUCCGGCCAGGCGGUCCACUCACACCAAGCGCGCUCUCGCUUCUCAACAUCGCAAGGUCAGCCGACAGGCCGCAGCUCCCAGCCAAGGAGCCGGUCGAGGUGGUGCUCUGACCGAUACUGACGGCGAUGCCACUGAUGGCGUUGCCUCGGCCACCGAAAACGAUCUGACCGACGGUGACCUGACCGACGACAACAGGGCCGCGCCCGCUCCUGCUCCCGCGCCCGCCAGGUCUACCAAGUCUAAGCGCGCGCUGGCCGCUAGGCACCGCAAGUUUGCCCGUAAGGCGCAGGCUGCUGUUCCGGCUCCCGGUCAGGCUGGUGCUCUCACUGAUACCGAUGGCAACGCAACUGACGGUGUCACUGACGGCGCCACUGACAACAACAACAACAGCGCCACCGACGGUGACCUGACCGACGACAACAGACAGCCCGCUGCCCCUGCACGUGUGAGGCCUGCUGCCCGAAGGUCCAACUCCAAGAGGGCGCUUGCCGCCGCUGAGCGCAGACUCAACCGCAAGCGCCAGGCGGCUGGCAACCCUGCCAGUGACACCGACGGUGACCAGACUGACGGCGUCAACAGCCUCACGGACAAUGACGGCAGCGCCACUGACGGCGACCUGACCGAUGACAACAGGCAGGCUCCUGCGCCAACGCCUGCCAGGCCCGCCACCAAGAAGAGCAAGCGAUCCAUCACCAAGCGUCGCGAGGCCAUGCGCAAGCGCCAGGCCGCUGGCAACAAUACGGAUAACGACAGCACUGCUGAUCUCACCGACAACGACGCCAACGACAGGGUUGACACCAAUGAUGCCGACUUGCGCGGCGAGUAUGGUGUUCCUGUUUCUAUCGCUGCCAACGUGGACACCGAGACCUUCUUCCCUGCCGGCAGCAACGGCCGCUUCGAGUUUGGCGUCCAGUCAUCGAAGGCCGUCACGGUGACGGUCACGACAAACGCCAACCCCCCGGCGGCACCUGCGGGCUUCAAGGCCCUCGAGAAUGUCUCCUACCAGGUGAAUGCUCCCGAGGUUACCACCGGCCUCACCAAGGCCGAGGUCGAGUUUGUCAUCAACCCCAACAACCCUCUCAACCUCAGUCGCGGACGUGCUGGCCGUCUCAACACUCAGACCAACACGUUUGUCAUUGACGAUACCAUUGGCACCCUCGAGGCCGACAAUGAUGAUCUGAAACUGACGGUUGCUGAUGUGAACGGCGAGUGGGCUUUCUUCGUGCCCGACGAUGCUGCUACCGCACCUGCGGCCCCGACAGCAGCUGUCUGA